UCCGUGCCACUUCGAGUUACUAUUACUGACAAAGUAGUAUGUGACAAUUUUACGCAUACUCUAUGCAAAAGUACGUACUUGGUCAACUGCAGUACAGGUACUAAUGUGUACGUAUGCGCUUCGGGACGCAACCACUGUUUGAUGCGUCAACUUUUAGCAAGGGACUUAUUAGUUGGCGAAUGAACGCAGUCACAGCUCUCUUCCACGGCGAGCAAAAUGUACACUGAAUCCUUCGUGCGACUUCAGUCCGUUUUGGCUAUAAUGCUACGCUAAGAUAUGCACAAUAAGCUGGUGUUUUGGAAAUACUCACUUGUCCACGCUCGAUGGAAAGUCUUAGACGGUUCUCAUUUUUGCGUCCUUUUAAUAAUACAUAUAAACCGUGACGCAGAAAGUGUUUACACUGUUGGAUAAGUACUGCUCUGCUUUCUAAAACCUGUAGCCUGCAGUAGUCUACAGUUAUAGCGUAACUGUUGUUCUGUUGACUGACGCAGACAGACUGGGAGAUGGCAGUCAACUGUCAGCUGAAGCCUGGAGCGAAACACAACCGGUAUGAGCUGUUGGCUUGGCUGAACGCUUCUCUACACACACGCUUCACCAAGGUGGAGCAGACAUGCUCAGGUGCUGCAUUCUGCCAAAUGAUGGACUGGCUGUUCCCUGAUUCUGUGGACCUGAGCCAGGUCAAGUUCCUGCCCAGACAUGAAGAGGACUCUCUCCAGAACUACAGUGUGCUGCAGGCCGCAUUUAGGAAGACUGGGGUGGUUCAGUCCGUCCCUGUCAAGGAGCUGGUGCAGGGUAGUCUGGACACAGCCCUGGACUUCCUCAUUUGGUUCAAGGCCUUCUUUGACGCCAACCACAGUGCCAGGGACUACAAUGCCCUGGAGGCCCGUGGAGGACAGAGCAUGGUGCCCAGGACCCCGACCAGCACCCCUGCUGACAGCCCUACGCCAAGAACCAGAGCUAAAACACAGUUAACACUAAACAUGAAUGAGGCGGCAGAGCAUCCCUGGCAGAGGUCUAAGGACACCCCAGCCCUCAGCAGACCCCCCAUCAAGAGGCAGAUUAAAGUAGAGAGAGGGGAGGAGGCGAAGGUAGAAAACGACGAGGCGGAGAUGGACGAGAGGAUUAACAUGGAGUUGAAAGUAGUCAGAGAAAUAACUGAAGAGAACGGGGACCUGGAUGAGGACGAGAAAAUGGAUGAGAAAAAAGUGGAGCAGACUGAAAGCGGCUUCAAAAUGGAUACUGGGGAGAGGACGGGAGGAGAGAUGGAAACGGAGGGAAAGGGGACCGGGAAAGAGGGGGCAACGGUAGAGGGGGGGAGGAAAGAGCAGAAUUUGGAAAUACAGGUGACCACCAACAUGGAAGAAAAGGAGAGUAAGAGAGGGGAGAAGACUGAAAAAAAAGAGGAUGAGAAGACUGAGGGAAAGGAGGGGAAGAGGACUGAGAAAGAAGAGGAUAAGAGAACUGAGGGGAAGAUGACUGAGAAAGAGGAUGGGAGGACUGAGGAAGAGGAAGCUACGAGAGAGGAGGAUGAGAUGGAGGAGGAUGGGACGACCGAGGGAGAGGAGGAUGAGAGGACUGAGAUGGAGGAGGAUGGGAUGACCGAGGGAGAGGAGGAGGAGACGAAAGAGAAAGAGAAGGAGAAGAGAAAGGACAAGAGGACAGACAAAGUGGAGGCUGAAAGAGAGGAGGAACGCCCUCUGUCUCGCCGUAGCCUCAUUAUGCAACGCUUCUUAAAGCAUUGGUCAGAGAAGAACCAGGAGCUAAGGCAGGGUUUGGGUCAGGACCAGGCCCAGCAGGAGGGCCAGGUUCAGGGUGAGGGACUUGCUGGGGGUUUGUCCAGCUCUACAGUCAGGCAAGUCCGGGGUCUGAGGUACCUCCAGGACAUUGUGUACACCCUCCUCCACACCCCCUACACCCUCUAUUUCUACCGCCAUGUUGACGUGGGGGCAGGGCAAACCGCCUGCCUCCUCCUGAUUGGCUACUACCACCAGAAGUCAGGGGGCCGGGUGUUGCGUCUGCUGGAAGCCCUCCAGCCCAAAGAGGACACGUCCACAGCUCUGCUGACCUGCCUGAGGAGGACUCUGACCAGACUGGGGCUGCCCCUGGCCAACCUGGCCUGGUUCUACUGUGACGUAGCGGGUAGAGAAGAGCAGGCGUCCCUGGAGGCAGGAGUCCGGGGCAUGAGCCCCAGGAUGGUGUCUCUGUGUGGGCUGCCUGGCCUGGCUGGGUCCGUCUGUCAGGCUGGAGUAGCAGCCGUGUCGGAGGAGGUGGUCGAGCUAGUCAGGGACGUCCAUCGCCACCGCUCCGCCUUCACCCCCACCCACGACAGCCUGACGCAGCUGUUCGCUGCCGUACCAGAGUUUGACCCCAACCUCCCCGUGGCCACCCAGUGCCUUUUCUUCACCAGGAUGGUCCAGGCCAUAGCCCAAGGCUGGGUGGAUCUGCUUGGAUACUUCAGCUCCCUGGGAGGAGGAGGGGAUGCCCAGCAGAUUCAUGCCCGUCUGACAGACUCCAGGCUGAGGCUGCUGCUGCUGUUUCUCACCCAUGCCCUGGAGCCCCUGGCUGCCUUUGAGGAAGCCAUGCAGGGAGGCAGCAUGGACCUGGAGGGGAUCCUACAGGUGGCAGGCACGCUCCUCCGCACCUACUGCACCCGUUUUCUGCGCCCCUGCAACACCAACUUCUUCCUGUGGCGCCGCAACCCAGAGGUCUUGCAAAACAAGAAUCACUACCUCAACAGGUCAGAGGUCGACAUCGGCGGGGCCCGUGUCAAGGACUCCCUGUCGGAGAGUGCGGUGCAGCUGGAGGACGUGGAUGCCUUCCGGGGACAGCUGGUGGACACCGCCAUCGCCUUCUACCGCGAGGUGACCCGCGGCCUGUCGGACAGCCUGCCGCUGAGCGAAGCGGCCCUGAAGCGCGUAACCGUCCUGCUGCGGCCCGCCUGGAAGAGGGACGUGAUGUGGACGGCCGUGAAGGAGGUGGCCAGCCAGCUGGGGGUCUGCAAGGAUGGGAUGGGGGGAGACACUGACAGGCUGUUGGGGGAGUACCAGGAGUACUUGAAGAGGCCGCCCGCCACGAGCCCCCCGGGGAAGGUUGAGGAUGCGGAGCAGCACUGGGGCCAGGUCCUGGAGGGGCUGGAGAGAGGCUCUGUGUUCCGCAGGCUCAUGCUGUCCCUGCUGGCUCUGCCAGGGAGCCUGCAGAGAGACACCGUGUUAACUCAGGCAUUUGAGAACAGAUGUCAGGUCCCAGCUGAAUGGCGGAAGGCCGACGGCGAGCAGAAGACCACUCCCUUCUCCCUCCCUGGUCCAAGGAUAGUCAUAGAGAGCGACUCUGACUCCUCUGAUGUUAUAGUCACUGAGGUCACAUGGAAACCUGUCAAACUCAACAGCAGCAACGCCAAACCUCCCAAGAUGAGCAAGUCCAUCGUGGUUGACGAGGAGGAUGACAUCAUCUGGAUGCCCAUUUUGAACAACCAGUCUGAAGAACAGCACACCCCUCCCUCAGUAACCUCCACCCCUGAGCCACCAGCUAGGAAGAGCGGCUUCUACCAGGAUGACGGUGGCUACGACGUGGGCGAGCUGGUGUGGGGCCACAUGGAGGGCUGCUCCAUGUGGCCGGGCGUGGUCCGGGCGUGGGAGAGCAGGCCGGUGCCCAGCGGGGUAAGGAGGGUGGAGUGGUACCUGGACGGCAUGUUCUCAGAGAUCGGCACCCAGGGUCUCCACCGCUUCGCAGCCUUUUCCCAGCACUUCUGUGCCAACUCGUUUGCCACCCUGAUCACCUACAGGGAAGCGAUCUUCAAGUCCUUACAGGUGGCAGCCGAGCGCUGCAUGAAGGUGUUUUGUCCCGACUCUGACAAGAGAGAGGAGGAGCUGAGGGUCAUGCUGGACUGGGCUUUCGGAGGAUUCAAACCCAGCGGCCCCAGUGGCUUCGCCCCUCCCCCCUUCACCCCCGACGAGACGGAAGGCUCGAGCACGAACGCAGGCUCGAAGUUACCUCGGUGCACCUCCACCUCCAACAAGGACAGCUAUGGCAGCUCCCUGUCUCUGCCCACCAAGCUCAGGCAGGUGUCGGUGAGUCUGAAGAAGCUGUCCCUCUGCCUGCUCAAGGGGGGGUCAGUCCGCCUCAGCAAGCACAGACGGCCCCAGAUCCGCCCACGCAAAAGGCCCAAGACCGGGGUGCGCCUGACCCCCCCGGAAGAGGACACUUCCCCUGACUGGCAGCCCCCCCACAAGAGGACCUCGUCCUACUACAAGGCCAAGGAGAGCAGACAUGUCUACGUACAGCCAGACCCGAAACACAGAGAGGCGAUGGUCCGCGAGAUUCUUGAGGCGGGGGCGGCCAUAGAAGAGUUCUGUCUCUGCUGUGGUACAAACGACUACGAGACCCAACACCCCCUCUUCGAAGGAGGCCUCUGCGCAAGAUGCAAAGAUAACUUCACAGAGACGCUGCACAGGUACGAUGAGGACGGCUACCAGUCCUACUGCACCAUCUGCUGCUCCGGCCUGGAGGUCCUCCUGUGUGGCAACGACAGCUGCAGCCGGUCCUACUGCGUCGACUGUGUGAACAUCCUGGUGGGUUCGAAGACCUUCGAGUUCCUAAAGGAGGUGGACCCGUGGAUAUGCUACCUCUGUCAGCCCAGCCAGCGCCACGGGGCCCUCCAGCCACGCCACGACUGGAGCGUACGCGUGCAAACCUUCUUCUUCAAUAACAGCGCCAUGGAGUUUGAGCCGCAUCGAGUUUACCCAUCCUUACCUGCCAGCCAGCGUCGACCAAUCAGAGUGCUGUCGCUGUUCGAUGGGAUAGCAACAGGCUACCUUGUUCUGAAGGAGCUGGGCUUUAAGGUGGAGAUUUACAUGGCCUCUGAGGUGUGUGAGGAGUCCAUCGCUGUGUCGACCGUCAACCACGAGGGGAUAAUCACACAGGUGGAUGACGUCAGGUCAAUCACCAAGGAGCACCUGAAGAAGUGGGGCCCGUUUGACCUCCUGAUAGGAGGCAGCCCCUGUAACGACCUCUCCAUCGUCAACCCCAUCAGGAAGGGCCUGUUCGAGGGCACGGGUCGGCUGUUCUUCGAGUACUACAGGAUCCUGGACCUGCUGAAGCCCAAGGAGAACAACCCUCGGCCCUUCUUCUGGCUCUUCGAGAACGUGGUGUUCAUGAACAACCACGACAGGCUGAACAUCUGCCGCUUCCUGGAGUGUAACCCAGUGGUGGUGGAUGCUGUGAAAGUUAGCCCUGCCCACAGAGCCCGGUGCUUCUGGGGAAACAUCCCUGGGAUGAGCCGACCUAUCAUUGCCUCCAAGAACGACAAGCUCCUUCUUCAGGACUGCCUGGAGAUCGGCCGGACCGCCAAGUUCACCAAAGUGCGCACAAUCACCACCAACCCAGCCUCAAUGAAACAGGGGAAGGACAUGUCCAAACUGCCUGUCCUGGAUGAGAACAAGAAGGAAGACACACUAUGGAUCACUGAGCUGGAACAGAUCUUUGGCUUCCCCAAACACUACACGGACGUGAAGAACAUGAACCGCCAGCAGAGACAGAAGGUUCUGGGGAAGUCCUGGAGCGUGCCCGUCAUCCGGCACCUUUUCGCCCCGCUCAAGGACUACUUCGCCUGCGAGCAGCUGCCCCCCUAACCCACCGCAGGCGCACAGUUGCCAAGCAACGGCAGCUGAGAUGGGGGAUGGGGCCAUGGGGGCUCCUCCAUACGACCCCCCUCCCUCUUGAUUCAUUCUCUCCUCCGACCCCGCCUCCUUUUUGUUAUCCUUCUCUCCCUUCCCCCUCUCUCUCCUUCCCUCACUUCCACCUCAUCUUGGAGAGGGUGUUUUGGGGUGUUUUCAGGGCAUGUUAAGGAUGCAUUAUAUUGGGUGCUUAUUCGUUGUACUGUAUGUCUGUGUCUGUUUAUUAGAAUGUUGAACAGGACUGACCUCUAUGAGAGCACUGUCAAUAUCCUGUCUACUCUGUGUUUUAAUGAGGGCACAUGACCUCUCUGGCAUUGCCAUAAUGUACUGUCGUUUCCCCUCCCUAUAGAUAUGUGGGGAGGAGAGGAGAUCAGAUAGACAGAGAUGGGCAUUAGCUAUGACUGAUGCAGAGAACUAUUGCUCUAUUUUACUCUGCCUGGUGCUACAACAUGCGAUUAACUGUCUUGACUCAUUCAUUACUGUAUACUUGCCUUGUACAAGUUACUUUUGUAAAAUGAUUUGCAAGAUGUUGGUUUGCUAUGGUUAUAUUGUUAAAUGACAGUAAAUAUUAUUCAUGUUUCACUCCUUACUUGGUCCAGUGGAAACAAGCAAUCAUGUGAUGUCCACAUGUUUACUGGGAAUAGGGGGAGAAAAUGAAUUUAAUAGAACAGUAAAGCCAUAUUGUCUUAAAUAGUGUUUUAUUCAAAAUGUUUUGUCACUUGCACAAAUAAUACAAUAGUUUGACUGGACCAUAGAAGGACCAUAUUAUACUUGUCAACUACAAGAUUUUCUGAAAUAAAACCAUUGACAAUACACAACUGGAAUAUCUUCCUGGGAAUGACU